AUGUACAUCCCUGAACUGAGAGGCAUCAUUAGGUGGGCAAGAGAACACCAAGAUCAGAGUAACUUAGUGAUCAAGCAGAACCAGGAAGCUCUAGAAGCUGCACUCUCAAGUGAUAAUCCGGACCAGAGUCUCAUUGAUGGGAUAUAUGAUAUACUUCGCAAGUCGUAUCUAGCUGAGGAGCAGUUUUGGCAACAAAGAAGUAGAAUUCAGUGGCUCAAGCAAGGCGAUAGAAAUACGGGAUUCUUUCAUGCUGCUACCAGAACCAGGAGGAAAAUAAACGCCAUCCCGGUUCUAGAGGACGCACAAGGUGGAGCUGUCUACGAGGAACAUGAUAUUACUCGAGUGAUCACUGAUUAUUUCACUCAAAUUUUUAAGACCAACGGCAACAACUCCUUCACACAGAUCCAAGGGCUCCUCAGCAACAAAGUAACACCGGAGAUGAAUGAGGCUUUGAUUGCUAUACCGAGUGAUUCGGAAAUUAGAGAAGCUGUGAUGUCCAUAAACGGGAACAAAGCCCCAGGACCCGAUGGGUUUUCAGCUACAUUCUACCAGUCCUACUGGCAUAUAGUGGGUGAAGAUGUGGUAAAAGACGUUAAGAAUUUUUUCAGCUCGAGUUACUUACACCCGCAGCAGAACGAAACUCACAUCAGGCUUAUCCCUAAGAUUACGGGGCCGAGAUCAGUGGCGGACUAUCGUCCCAUUGCUUUGUGCAACACCCAUUAUAAGAUCAUUGCAAAGCUUCUUACCCGGAGACUCAAACCGCUCCUGCCCAGCCUCAUAUCCCCCACCCAAUCAGCGUUUGUUUCCGGUCGUGCGAUCUCGGACAACGUUCUUAUUACACAUGAGACUCUCCACUUCCUACGAACCUCAGAGGCAAAGAAGAGGUGUACAAUGGCUGUGAAAACAGACAUGAGUAAGGCCUAUGACAGGAUAGAAUGGGGUUUCGUCAGGGAGGUACUAAAGCUACUCGGCUUCGAUCCAAUUUGGAUAACAUGGAUCAUGGCGUGCAUCGAGUCUGUUUCCUAUUCUUUCUUGAUAAAUGGUGCACCGCAAGGAUUAGUAAAACCCUCCCGAGGUCUUCGGCAGGGAGACCCGCUGUCCCCCCACAUCUUCAUACUAUGCACUGAGGUUCUCUCAGCUUUGUGCGCAAAGGGUCAAGCGGACGGGUCGCUUCCGGGAGUAAGGGUAUCAAACAACAGUCCACCAAUUAAUCACCUUCUCUUUGCGGACGAUACCAUGUUUUUUUGCAAAUCAAAACCGGCAUGUGUUACAGCUCUGAUGAAGAUCCUAUCUAUCUAUGAGGCGGUUUCGGGUCAGCGGAUAAAUCCUCAGAAAUCUGCGAUUACUUUUUCGGCCAAAACACCCGAUUCCACUCGAGCGCGGGUCAAAGAGACCAUGGAGAUUUAUACCGAAGGAGGUGUAGGUAAAUAUCUCGGCCUUCCCGAACAGUUCGGACGCAAAAAGCGAGACAUCUUUGCAUCUAUCCUUGACAGGAUCCGACAAAAGUCUCAUAGUUGGAGGGCUAAAUUCUUAUCUGGUGCCGGCAAGCAAGUGAUGCUCAAGUCAGUACUCUCGGCCAUGCCGUGUCACGCAAUGUCUUGCUUCAAACUGCCACUCUCCCUAUGUAAGCAAAUACAAUCCCUUCUUACUCGGUUUUGGUGGGAUGCAAAUCCGGAAAAGAGAAAAAUGUGUUGGGUUGCUUGGGAUACACUGGUUUUACCGAAAUACGCAGGAGGACUUGGUUUUCGAGACAUUGUAACCUUUAACGAUGCUCUCCUUGCAAAAAUCGGCUGGCGUUUAAUCAAAGAUCCGCAGUCUCUACUGGCUAAGGUUCUAUUAGGGAAAUAUGCUCAGAACACCUCUUUCUUGGAUUGUCCUAUAUCAGCCUCAGCCUCACAUGGAUGGAGAAGUGUCCUAGCCGGCAGAGAUUUACUUCGGAAGGGCCUGGGCUGGGCAGUCGGGAAUGGUGAGCAAAUUAGAGUUUGGGAUGCGCCCUGGCUCUCCUUCAAAUCGCCAUGUCAACCAAUGGGACCCUCCACAUUUGAAACCAAGAACCUGAUGGUUAGCGACCUUUUGUGCCCCAUAACAAACAGAUGGGAUGAGGAGAAGAUCAGAAGAUUCUUACCUCAGUAUGAGGACAUUAUUUUGCAGAUAAAAACCAGUUCAACUAUAGCCACUGAUACAUUGCUCUGGCUACCGGAAAAAACAGGAACUUACUCCACAAAGACAGGUUAUGGCGUGGCGAUUUUAAGUACUCGGCCGCUGAACCUUGUGAAUGAACCGAGUGGUGAGAAAAGCCAUUCCGGUCAGCUCAAACCUGGAAAGGGAGGCUUGCCGAGUUUUAACUGCAAAACAUGUGGAGCUCACGAAGAUGACCUUCACGUUUUCCUCAAAUGCCCACUGGCGGAGGAAGUCUGGAACCACAUUCCGACUCUCCAUAGACCUUCAAGUUCCCUUCCAUCUGUGGCAGAAUUGAUUAAACAAGGUGGUACGCUUACUCCUCUACCACCUACUGGCUCAUCUUCCCCAUUGUGGCCUUGGGUUUUAUGGAAUUUAUGGAAAGCUAGGAAUAAGCUGCUGUUUGAGAACAGGAUGUUCACAGCUAAAGAGAUUGUACUAAAGAGUAUUAAAGAUGCCAAAGAGUGGAGUCAGGCACAAGUUAAUACUGGAGCUUCAACGCCUGUGUCGCCUCUCUCAAAUCGAUCGCCCCGCCACUCGCCAUGCGCCCCCCCGUCCUUCCAACCAGACGUGUUAGUCUGCAGUGUUGAUGCGGCUUGGGACAUUCACUCGGGAAGGUGCGGUAUAGGCGGCAUUUUCAACAGUACUUCACUGAUGGCUCCCCCCAACAUCUCGGAAGCACAUAGUCACGUAUCAUCAGCUUUAAUGGCCGAAGCCAUUGCUGUCCAUCGAGCGGUAUCUCUUGCCGUCUACUCAAACGUCCGAUCCCUGGCAGUUCUAUCUGAUUCUCUAUCCCUGAUCAACUUGCUGAGGAAGGGAGAGUACCAAACUGAACUGUUCGGUAUCAUGUUUGAUAUCUAUCACUUUAUGUCUCUAUUCGAUGUUAUCUCCUUUCAUUUUAUCUCUCGAAACUUCAACUGUGAGGCUGAUUGUGUGGCAAAAUCAGCUCUUACAAUGUCUGUAACAAACCCCCUUAUUUGUGGGUAG